CAGGCAUUCCCAAGGUUAUUCACCGGCAUUGGCAGGACGCGGCGUGAGUACAAAAUGGUGCUUCGAGAGGACGCUGUCCCUGUAGUACAGCCAACCCGGCGUGUACCUUACGCCCUCAAGAAGCCGCUUAAGAAAGAACUCGACCAAAUGAAUGCUGCGAACAUCAUUGAGAAGGUGGAAGAACCGUCAGACUGGUGUGUUCCAGGCAGCAAAUUGGUUGUUUCUGACACCUUGUCACGAAUCUCAUCACGGGAACAACCAGAAAAAGGCACAGCGGACGUUGAAGUUCAUGCCGUGGGCGCCCUGACUGCCGUUGUCGGACCAGCCACCCUAUCCCGUCUGCAGGCAGCAACUGCCAAUGAUGCAACGGCGCAAGACGUCAUCUCCAGGCUGCAGUCGUCAAUGCCUAUAGAGGUUUCAAGUUCACGUUUUCCCAGGUCCAACGGACUCGCCGAGAAGGGCGUACAAGUGGUCAAGCGGCUUCUGGGCAAGACUGAGACCAAAAAAGAGGACUUCUAUUUGGGCAUUCACAACUACAGGGUGCGUCCUCUCGAAGAUGGCCGAUCACCAUCGGAACUGCUAAUGGGACGAAGUCUAAGAACGCUACUUCCAGAUUUUUCAGUGUCAUCCUCAGAUACGGAGCGGGGUCAUGGAACAGGAAAACUUUUUGCACUCGGCCGAGAGCUAGGGCUUGAGAGUUCUGAGCUCAGAGACUGGGUAGAGCGAGAGUGCGUGCAAGCUCGCGACGAGCGGGCUAAGGAACGUGAGGUCACGAAGGAAAACGCAGAGCGACAACAGAGACUUUUAGAGCAGCAGCAGAAAUUUCAAGAACAGGAGCUGAAGAUCCUAGAGCUGAAGCUUCGACUUCAGGAAAGUACGAACAGGUCACAGUCUACUGAGGCUGAUGAGCCAGGAGGAUCUCGGAUUUUAACACCACAGGUGAAUGGGAUGGCUGCAGUCCUCAUAAACUGA